AUGGCGGACGAGAACGGCGGCGAGCCCAUCAAGCGUGAUGUGCGCAACCACAUGCUCUUUGAAAUCGCCACAGAGGUCGCCAACCGCGUCGGUGGCAUUUAUUCCGUCCUCAAGUCCAAGGCCCCCGUCACAACCGCCGAAUAUGGCGACCGCUAUACCUUGAUUGGCCCUCUGAACAAGGCCUCGGCCGCGGUCGAGGUCGAGGAGCUCACUCCCUCCAGUCCCGCCAUGCGCGAGACCAUCAAGUCCAUGGAGUCUCGCGGGAUUGAAAUCGUCUACGGUCGCUGGCUGAUCGAAGGUGCUCCGCGAGUCCUUCUCAUCAACACCGGCACGGGAUACCGAUGGCUCGAUGAGUGGAAGGGCGAUCUGUGGAACAGCUCCGGCAUCCCGUCCCCAGAUGCCGAUCACGAGACCAAUGAGGCCAUCGUCUUUGGCUACAUGGUCGCCUGGUUCCUCGGCGAGUACAUUGCCCACGAGCGUAAACGUGCCGUUGUCGCCCACUUCCAUGAAUGGCUAGCGGGUGUGGCCCUCCCCUUGACCAAGAAGCGUCAUAUGGAUUUGACCACCAUCUUCACUACCCACGCUACUCUCCUUGGUCGCUACCUCUGUGCCGGCUCCGUCGAUUUCUACAACAAUCUGCAACAUUUUGAUGUAGACGCCGAGGCCGGAAAGCGUGGCAUCUACCACCGCUACUGCAUUGAGCGGGCUGCUGCGCACAGUUCCGAUGUCUUCACUACGGUCUCUCACAUUACCGCCUUUGAGAGUGAGCAUCUGCUGAAGCGUAAGCCCGACGGUGUUCUGCCCAACGGUCUCAAUGUGAAGAAGUUCUCCGCUAUGCACGAGUUCCAGAACUUGCAUUCGCAGGCCAAGGAGAAGAUCAACGACUUUGUGCGCGGUCAUUUCUACGGACACAACAAUUUUGAUCUGGACAAGACCCUCUAUCUCUUCACCGCUGGUCGGUAUGAGUUCCGCAACAAGGGUGUUGACAUGUUCAUCGAGGGUCUGGCACGUCUGAACCACCGCUUGAAGACCAGCGGGUCGGACACGACAGUCGUUGCUUUUGUCAUCAUGCCAGCGCAGACAUCGUCGCUGACGGUGGAGUCGCUCAAGGGCCAAGCUGCGGUCAAGUCACUCCGCGAUACCAUUGAGAAUAUCGAGAAGGGAAUCGGCAAACGCAUGUAUGAGCGUUGCCUUUCCUGGAAGGAGGGUGACAACAUGCCCGACGAGAAGGAUCUGAUCACUAGUCAAGAUCGCGUGCUGCUGCGUCGUCGCCUGUUUGCCAUGAAGCGCCACGGCCUACCCCCGAUUGUCACCCACAACAUGGUCAACGACAGCGAGGACCCGAUCUUGAACCAGAUCCGCCGCGUGGAGAUGUUCAACAACGAAUCCGAUCGGGUCAAGAUCGUCUUCCACCCCGAAUUCCUCAACUCGUCCAACCCAGUCCUGCCCCUGGACUACGAUGACUUCGUUCGAGGUACUCACCUGGGAGUUUUCCCCUCGUACUACGAGCCUUGGGGUUAUACCCCGGCGGAGUGCACUGUGAUGGGAGUUCCUAGUAUCACCACCAACCUUUCCGGCUUCGGAUGCUACAUGGAAGAGCUCAUUGAGAACUCCUCGGACUACGGCAUCUACAUUGUUGAUCGCCGUUCGAAGGGUGUGGAUGACUCUGUCAACCAACUCACCGAUUUCAUGUACAACUUUACCUUGAAGAGUCGCCGUCAACGAAUUAACCAACGUAACCGCACGGAGCGACUGAGCGACCUGCUGGACUGGAAGCGAAUGGGAUUGGAAUACGUCAAGGCGCGCCAGUUGGCUCUGCGAAGAGCUUAUCCCUCUUCGUUCGAAGGAGCGGAGGACUACUUCGACAUCAUUGGUGGUACGGAACAGAAGCUCUCCCGUCCGCUAUCGGUUCCUGGUUCUCCGCGGGACCGUUCUGGCAUGAUGACUCCUGGCGAUUUCGCAUCGCUCCAGGAAGGUCAUGAGGGUCUCAAUACUGAAGACUAUAUCUCCUGGAAGCUUCCGGAGGAGGAAGAACCUGAUGACCACUUUUUCCCGCUUACCCUCCGGACUCGCAAGUCCGCCGAUCGCCCCCAGUCCCCACUGGACAGCAUCUCGAUCAAUGGGGGCCACGAAGCGGAGGGCAGUCCCCCGGCCAAGGCCUAG